AUGUGUAAAAGAAGCGAGUCUCUCCGGGCCGCGGUGAAGGAGCGGCUGGCGGCGGCUGCGGAGGAGAUCUUCGCCCUGGUGGAGAGGACCAUAGCGGAGUACGAGGAGGAGGUGAGGAGGUGCAGGCAGGAGAACCAGAAGAGCCGGGAGGAGCACCAGAGGAGCCGGGAUGUGCUGGAGGUGCUGCUGCAGAGACACGAGGUGGAGGUGUUCUACUCUGUUAAACAUGGCAGGGUGGAGGUGUUCUACUCUGUUAAACAGGGUGAGGUGUUCGUAACGCAGAGACCUCUGUCCUCCCACAGACCUCUGUCCUCCCUCAGACCUCUGUCCUCCCUCAGACCUCUGUCCUCCCUCAGACCUCUACCUCUGUCCUCCCACAGACCUCUGUCCUCCCACAGACCUCUGUCCUCCCUCAGACCUCUGUCCUCCCUCAGACCUCUGUCCUCCCUCAGACCUUUGUCCUCCCUCAGACCUCUGUCCUCCCUCAGACCUCUGUCCUCCCACAGACCUCUGUCCUCCCACAGACCUCUGUCCUCCCUCAGACCUCUGUCCUCCCUCAGACCUCUGUCCUCCCUCAGACCUCUGUCCUCCCUCAGACCUCUGUCCUCCCACAGACCUCUGUCCUCCCUCAGACCUCUGUCCUCCCUCAGACCUCUGUCCUCCCACAGACCUCUGUCCUCCCUCAGACCUCUGUCCUCCCUCAGACCUCUGUCCUCCCUCAGACCUCUGUCCUCCCACAGACCUCUGUCCUCCCUCAGACCUCUGUCCUCCCUCAGACCUCUGUCCUCCCUCAGACCUCUGUCCUCCCUCAGACCUCUGUCCUCCCACAGACCUCUGUCCUCCCUCAGACCUCUGUCCUCCCACAGACCUCUGUCCUCCCACAGACCUCUGUCCUCCCACAGACCUCUGUCCUCCCUCAGACCUCUGUCCUCCCACAGACCUCUGUCCUCCCUCAGACCUCUGUCCUCCCUCAGACCUCUGUCCUCCCUCAGACCUCUGUCCUCCCUCAGACCUCUGUCCUCCCACAGACCUCUGUCCUCCCUCAGACCUCUGUCCUCCCUCAGACCUCUGUCCUCCCUCAGACCUCUGUCCUCCCGCAGACCUCUGUCCUCCCGCAGACCUCUGUCCUCCCGCAGACCUCUGUCCUCCCUCAGACCUCUGUCCUCCCACAGACCUCUGUCCUCCCUCAGACCUCUGUCCUCCCACAGACCUCUGUCCUCCCUCAGACCUCUGUCCUCCCUCAGACCUCUGUCCUCCCUCAGACCUCUGUCCUCCCUCAGACCUCUGUCCUCCCUCAGACCUCUGUCCUCCCUCAGACCUCUGUCCUCCCGCAGACCUCUGUCCUCCCGCAGACCUCUGUCCUCCCGCAGACCUCUGUCCUCCCGCAGACCUCUGUCCUCCCGCAGACCUCUUUCCUCCCUCUGUCCUCCCUCAGACCUCUGUCCUCCCUCAGACCUCUGUCCUCCCUCAGACCUCUGUCCUCCCUCAGACCUCUGUCCUCCCUCAGACCUCUGUCCUCCCUCAGACCUCUGUCCUCCCUCAGACCUCUGUCCUCCCUCAGACCUUUGUCCUCCCUCAGACCUCUGUCCUCCCUCAGACCUCUGUCCUCCCGCAGACCUCUGUCCUCCCUCAGACCUGUGUCCUCCCGCAGACCUCUGUCCUCCCGCAGACCUCUGUCCUCCCUCAGACCUCUGUCCUCCCUCAGACCUCUGUCCUCCCUCAGACCUCUGUCCUCCCUCAGACCUCUGUCCUCCCACAGACCUCUGUCCUCCCUCAGACCUCUGUCCUCCCUCAGACCUCUGUCCUCCCUCAGACCUGUGUCCUCCUGCAGACCUCUGUCCUCCCUCAGACCUCUGUCCUCCCUCAGACCUCUGUCCUCCCUCAGACCUCUGUCCUCCCUCAGACCUCUGUCCUCCCACAGACCUCUGUCCUCCCACAGACCUCUGUCCUCCCACAGACCUCUGUCCUCCCUCAGACCUCUGUCCUCCCUCAGACCUCUGUCCUCCCUCAGACCUUUGUCCUCCCUCAGACCUCUGUCCUCCCUCAGACCUGUGUCCUCCCUCAGACCUGUGUCCUCCUGCAGACCUCUGUCCUCCCUCAGACCUCUGUCCUCCCUCAGACCUCUGUCCUCCCUCAGACCUCUGUCCUCCCUCAGACCUCUGUCCUCCCACAGACCUCUGUCUUCCCACAGACCUCUGUCUUCCCACAGACCUCUAUGACCCGGCUCAGCUUUUGGGUCAAGAGGGCUCUGAUUUCUCGCACACUUCUGAAGCCGAGGGACCGAAGCCCGAGCUCCGUUUGCCUGUCGUGAAAAGUGAAUGUGGUGAUUCUGACGAUACGGACGACAGCGAGGGCUGGACCAGCGCCGCGGGGCCUUCGAGGGCCGAGGCUGCGCCGCAGGAGGACGCUGCGGCCGAGUACGCACAGGAAGUUCAUCAGUGCUGCAUCUGCGACCGUGCGUUCCCUGAGCCCAGCGCGUUGAAGGCGCACAUGGAAGUGCACCUCGAGCUUCAGGAGGACGGACUGAGCGAGCGCAGCGGCGACGGAACACGAGCGAACGCACACGUGUUGAUCCACUCACAGACACUCGCCAACACGCGGCUGCAGCACAAGACUCUCCCAAAGACCCGCAAACUGUCGCAGCCGCGGCCGCAGCCGUACGCUCACAGGAGCAUGCCUUUCUGCUGCGCCUUCUGCAAACGAGCCUUCGCCCGGAAGUCGGACCUUCAGCACCACACCCUGAUCCACACGGGAGAGAAACCCUUCACCUGCUCCCUCUGCGACCGCAGCUUCAACCGCAAAUCCAACUUGUACCGCCACUACAGGAACCACAAGAACGACCCCUGA